GGGCUGGGUUAGCGGCGAAUUGUAUACACAGGGAGAGGUGUGCAACUGGCGGCGAUGUGUCCACCUUUCCUGUUAUAACGUUCGAUUGUGACUAGAACCGUGUAUUUUGACGUCUAGUGCAUAUUGUGUGUUUAUCUCCAUUCAUUAUCAAACCAUCUUAUCUCAUCUUCGAGCAAAGGUCAUCGAUCGAGAGAAGCUCUUCUCUCUUAUCAGUUGUGUUUACAUUCGGACGUGUUGCGGUGCAUUUAUGAAAGGGACCCAGUGCCCACCAUACCUCCGAUGGUGCCCUUUAUGUUGCCGAGAUUUUCGUAAAUCGGGCUUGACGAUGGUGAAAUAAUGACCAAGUGACCUAUCAUCGUACAUUCACCGUCUUAUUAAGGCCACAUCCUGCGGCUAGAGUCAUGGAGGCUGCUGAAGAAUCAUCACCUUUACUUGCUACCAAAGAUGAAUCACCUCAAAGUAGCUCAGGAAGUGUCACUGUUCAUCCAGUCAUACCAUCCUCCUAUCAAAAUGGUGAUAGUGAAGAUACAGUUGAUGGGUCAGGUUCCUCUUAUAGAGAAGUAUCCAAAAGGGAGGAAGAGGUCCCCGGACAGAAUAUCAACAGAGCUUAUCCAAGUCGCUUCUGGAUUUUAGGAGUAUUCUCCUUCAUAGCAUUUUUUCAGUGCCUGCAGUGGAAUACAUGGGGUCCAAUCAGUGAGAGUGUAGAUGCAGCCUUCAGUGGGUGGAAGUCUAGCACAGUUGCAAUGAUGGCCAAUUGGGGUACAAUAACCUUUGUCUUAUUCAUUACGCCUAUGUGUUGGCUUAUGAAUGAAAAGGGACUUCGAACAGGGGUCUUUGCUUGUGCCAUCAUGAUUGCUGCAGGGACAGUUCUCAGGGUUUUGGCUCUCACUACAAACUCUAAUGAAGUUUUCACAAUAUCUUGUCACCUUUGUGCAAUACUUGUUGGUACUGCUGGCACAUUGGUGAUGGCCGCACCGCCUAUGAUAGCAGCGGAGUGGUUCCCCCCCAAGGAACGCACAACAGCAACUGCAAUAGGUCAAGCUUUUAAUCAGCUGGGAAAUGCUGGAAGUUACCUUGAACCAAUCUUUGUACGAUCGCCAGCAGAUGGUACUCCAGAAGAGAUCAGGGGAGAUAUUAAAGUACUUAUGUAUGCUUAUGCUGGCAUAGCAGCGGCAGUAUUGUUGGCAGUGUUCUUCUAUUAUCCAUCCAAACCACCCACACCACCUUCUUUGUCAUCUUCAGUUGAGAGACUUCAGUUUUGGGAUAGCAUUAAAAAAAUAUUAAGGAAUCGUGAUGUCAUAAUCGUAACAUUGGCUUAUGGUAUCUCCGUAGGGAUUCCAUCAUCUUGGAUUGCAGUUUUCAACUAUUCUCUCCAGGCUAUGAAUAUUCAUCAGGAUGAAGCAACGUGGAUUGGACUUGCAGUGGUCAUCGUUUCAAGCACCAGUGCACUGGUAUCUGGGCGUUUGACGGAUCUUGUUUAUGGUCAUCUUCGAGUAUCAUUGAUAAUAAUUAUGUUAGCAAAUUUGGGCUGCUUUUACUGGUUUUACCUGAUUACAUAUGGUUCAAUCACAGUAGUGAAAUGGCAGAUAUAUUUUACCUCAAUAGCUGCGUUUUCACUUAAUUUUGCAACGUGUCCACUGUUCUUUGAGUUAGCUGUUGAGAGUGCCUACCCAUGCCCUGAGAUCCUUGUUGGUGGACUCCUUACUGGAAUGAAUAACUUUGUUGGCCUUCUAUUUCUGUUCCUUUUCUUCAUUCCAAAUAUAGGUUAUAGUUGGGUGACAUACGUAUUACUAGCAACAAGCUCACUUUCAAUUAUUCCAGUUAUCUUGGUUCGAGAAGAUUACACAAGAUCAACAAUGGAUCGUUUCAAAGGUCAUCAACCGGCUUACAAAUCCAUUUUACAAAAGGACCCACUGGUUCAAAAAGUCAGACAACUUACUUCAAUUAAAAUUGAAUAAUUUAGUUGCAUCAAUACAUUAGUGGUCAGAUCUCAGAAUGUUGAUAUUGCGGAGAAAUUGUUUUUACAUAUUGCUGUAUAUUUUUUGACGAGGUUAUUUGUUUGUCUUAUAAGGAAUUUUGUUUAUACAGAUACCUGAGCACUUAUUUUCAUUUAAUGAAAGUAGUGGAGUGCAUGAACUGUGAUUGUGUAUACAAACAGCGUUUGAUUUGAUAGAUGCUUUCCAAGAAAAGAACUACCUAUCAAAGUAAAAAACUAACAAAUAAAAGAACUAAGUAAUUGACACAUACAAUGACAAUAAAACUGUCAGCUUAUUAUUAAGUAAAUGCCCAUUGUUUAAAGAGUGACGUGUCACAGGUGCCAAGGACCUGUGGUUAUACAACUCUGUAAUUGAUAUAGUAGUAUGGAUUUUGUUUGAUUUUGUGAAAAUCAUAAUGUAUUUACUGAUUUAGUUAUUUAACAUGUAUUUUUAAUUAGAAAUAAAGUUUAUUACAGUUCCUA